UAUAAAUUUUCGUAAUAACCGACCUAGGCUGACUCCCUUUACAAACAUGAAAUACUGCCUUCCUAAUGCUAGUAUUAGAAUGCGUGCCAUUUUGUGAGGCUGUUGGCCAUCUGUUGAUGGGCAAAUUGUAUUGGAAAAUCGAUAUAUAAUUGUUAUUGUUUGUUACUGGAAAGGAUCCAGUUAAGAGAAGACCUACUAUGUACUCGUACAUAUCUGUACAGACUGUACUCGAUGCACCUUACCGGUCGCACCUCCAUAUUUAUGAAUGGAAUAGCGUCAAUGUCGUAGUCGACGGCCAACUCCAGCACGGAUACUUCGUUAACAUCGGAUCAGACGGGCUAAUUGUGGAUUUCCGGCGUGCUUCACAAGAACCUGUUUUCGUGGAAUUCGGUAGGAUUUUUGAGUGCUCAGCGGCCGCGGGCUUUUGGGAUGGAGAUCCACCUUGGAAAAGAUCAUUGCCGUGCGCCUCAAGUUACGGUAACGGCAAUCCUGAGAAACCCGUACCGGGAGACCCACCUUUGCAAGCUCUCAUGCGCUUCCAUCCCGACCAUCCGCUGACGUGGUACCCAGCCAAACUGCUGGAGUACGAAUUCCCAGGGAGGCAGCGCAGUGAGUGCCUUCUGGUGGAACUAACGGUGAAUGAUCACAUCGUUAGGACCGUACUACCUUCAUACCGAGUGCGGCUCACGCCCUCAGCGGACGAUAUGGACAAGCUCCGGCUCAGUCACAAUCACUUUAUCAUCCGCUCCACUUCUCUGCCGCUGGAUGACAAUGCCGAUCUUGUUUGCUUAUACUCCCAUAUUUUGCGCCUACGGUUUAGAGCAGCCGUUAUUUCCGCCGCUAACGGUCGGCUGCUAUAUUUCACGCGAAAAUUCCCCCGGACGAUUUCAUCUGAAGAAAUAGAAGAACUGUUCCUACGCCUGAAGGCAGACUUCGCCCGGUAUGGUAAAGCAGUAAUUAACAAAGCAUGGAAUCAAAACGAUGUGCGUCCCAUCACGAGAGCGCUGACGACUCCGUCCAGCGCGUCAGCCGAUGAGCGCGGUAUUCCGUUGCCGGUGGAGCUCCUCGUUGAAGUCUUCCAAUGCCUUGAUACAUUAAAACGGCAACUGCUAAGACGAACCUGUUUUCUGUGGAACUCUAUCCUAACCUCCCGGCAAUUGUAUCAAGAUAUCGUGGUGUCACUAUUCGGGGAUCACGGCAGGGAUUUUGUUGAUUUCCUUAAUUGUCUGGUACUUUGCUGCACAACUCGUACACGGCGCGUUUGUAUUACCGGCGCCCGUCCGUAUUUCAGGAAUCCCAGCGUCGUCUUAGAGAGCAUUAUCAAGUUCACUGCAGUUAGAGAAGUAAUCUUAAGCAAUUGUACGUUCCGGGAAUUCGUCGGCGUUUUGCCGGCUGCGAGCGAUGGGUACCGCAAAGUGGCGGCGGCUGGAAUAGAUCGAAUAGUGUGGCGAAAUUGUUACUACACGGGUGAGAAUCAGGUUGUACUGGCGCGUAUUCCGUAUGCCGUCGUUUAUCCGCAGCGCGUUGAGCCAGCAGAACUGUGGGACACCGUGGAAAUAAACCUGGUUUGGGGAAGACUGUUGAGUGCCGGUCAAGAAUCGGUGGCCGAUCACCUCGCGGAAUCGAUCAAGCAAAAUGGUAGCGCUUGGAAUGAUUCUCAAUUGGUUCCAGAGUUGUGAUCCCCGCCCAGCCACACAUUAUCGCCAGCUUGAGUGGACAAGGGAUAAUAUCCGGGAUCUGGAUGUGAAAAAGCUCAGCCCGAUCACGAUACGUAUGCUGCUGAAUAAUCCGUUUAAACACAGCCCCAGGCACCGAUGAAUUACAAUUAUUGUGAUUGGCUGGCAUGUCGUGGCUGCAUGGAUCGUCCAAAACAUUAUUAAUUUUAUCGUCCAGUCGACGACUUAUUUGAUUUUUUAUAACGAACGUUCAGUUGUGCAGUGUAUCGUGAAAGGGUGUUUGCCUUGUUUUUAUGCAUAUUGUGCGAAUAAGUUUUCCACUGGUCGAUAAACCCAGUGCUGACUUUUAAACGCAUUACAGUAGAUCCGUCGUGAUGCGCAUCAAGUACAAGGCCGUCUCCGCGAAAUCCAAACACCGUAACUGUGAACUCUGAUUACCACUGGCUUGAUUCAAGCCAUUUCCAGUAUUACGUCAAGCCACGCUACCGUGAUUACCAAUACGACUACCGCGGAAGGGGUAUCAUUGGCAGUUUAUGUGGACGUGUGCGCAUUGUGUGAUUGUACUCACGCUACCAUGUUAUAUAGUUGCAGCCACAGCAAGUACGUUCUCGCAGUGACACACCCGCUUGAAUAUAAUAUAUUAUCAAGGUUUGGCUGUCCCGCUCCACGUAUAAUCGAAAUACUACAGUCAUUUUUGUGCGCCAUAAGAGUGGCUCUUCUUUUUACAUGUGUGUGCUUUGUAGAAGCUUAGCUCAUUUAGCGCCAAAGCUGUGAUGUUUGCCGACGUUGUUCCAUAUAGCAGUUUUCAUACAGCUUUAUUUUCAUAAUUUUUUGCUAUUUUUUCAUUAACACUCCCUAAUAUUAUCUUUAUGAAACACGUAUAUCUCAUCGCUACCGUGAGUGAUGUAGCUAUAGAAAUUAGAUGUACCGCCAGUAGGAGUGUAAAUUGCUUUUCUCAACUGAUUAUUGGCUGUGGUGUUAUGAAGAUCAGAAUCCUUAUUUUCAUACAUCGACCGCAUCUCACGGUCAGAAACAUCUUGGAUUUAUUCUUGCUGCAGCUUGCUCCGAAUCUUGCUCCUGCACUUACGCACUUCUUGCUACGCGCUUCUUGCUCCGGACUUAUGGGUGCUUGCUCCCGCACUUAUGCACCACUUGCUUCUCAGCUUGCUCUGCUUGCUGAUUCUUGCUACGUGUUCUUAAAAAAAUCAUGCAAUGACCUUGCGUUGUGUUGCCUAAUUGCAAUGGGAUGAUCGUGGAGAGUUUAACCCGUUUAGGGUAACUAAGACAUAGUUUCCCUGUACCGGCCGUUAUAGUCGAAACACAGAAAGUCGUUGCACGCUCAAAGAGACACCAAUGGAACCAAUGGAACCAAUGAAGCUCUAUUGGAACUCGUUGGAACUGUUGGAACUACUAUCUGUACACCUUACUGCGCCCUUGUGUGGUACCAAUGGAACCUAUGGAACUCUACUGGAACCUGUUGGAACUGUUGGAACUACUAUCUGAACCGUUGGAACAUCGUCUCGUCGUGGUCAUCGUCUGUACAUCGUCUCAUUGCGCCGUUGCAGCUAUGUGAUACCAAUGGAACCUAAUGGAACUCCUUUGGAACUGUUGGAACUUCUGUAAAUCGUCUCAUUGCGCCUUUAUUUGAUUUCAGUGGAACUUAUGGAACUCCACUGGAACUCGUUGGAACCAAAGGAAACAUUGUAAAUACGUUCCAAUGGGUUCCAAUAGAGGUCCAUUGGUUCCAUGUAUCACGUAAAGGGCGAAAUGAGAAAUGUACAGUGGUUCCGACCGUUCCAAUGGGUUUCAAUAGAGUUCCAUACGUUCCAUUGGUAUCAUAAGGGACGUAACAUGAACUUCUGUUGUGAUUUCAUCGGAUACUAGCGUAGGUAUUUAGUUGGACUGGAUGGAACUGGUGGAUCUCAUGGAACCAGUGGAACGUAUGGAACCGGUGUGGUUUUUGGGACCAAUGGAACUUGUGGAACCAUUGGAACUCUAGAGGAACCGCCUUCUUACCCUAAACGGGUUAAUCUAUGUGAUCGUGCAUCAUCUCCCACCGUUGUCACCUAUGUAAACGGUAGUCAGCUUUCGGUCAGCAUCGCUGCCGACCAUGCCAGCCUUUCCCACACUAACAGCCGACAGAUCGUGAUGGACCGGUAAAAGACGCCGGGCUGCCCGUACCUUUCCCACGCUUUGCCUCCGAACCGAUGUCACCGGAGCAGUGCACCCGACAAUUUACCGCCCACUGCGCACCGCCCAAUCAUACCAUUGCCAACUGCAGCCUCAGUUAUGGACUACAGAUAAACUGUGAUAAUCAAGCUGACGCCCAAGAAGUUCGUCAACUCGCCAAAUCUUUAUCGCAGUCACCACUCCGAGCGGCCUUUAUAAACCUCACGGAGAGUCCACUGGUGACCUUCGAUAAUCUGUCACCCGUUCGGCUAACCACCGUCGUGCUGCAUCUGCGUGACUGCGUUACGCCGCGAGCCACCGGGAAACUGCAACAGCUGGCUUUUUCCAAUCUGUUGGACUUUGAGUUGUAUAACUGCUACGACGUCGUCGUGAAGAAAACCGACUUUUGGCUAUCGUUGAAGCUCCGACUCAUCCAGUUCGUCAACACGACAAUGCGGUCUUUAGAAGUGGACACGUUCACCGUUCUGCCGGCGCUGCGGUUGUUAUCGGUUGAACGCGGAUUCGAUAAAUUACCGGUGUUUAGUAAUGAUGUUGGCGAGUAUAUCAUGCGGCUGCACUGCAGUUCGGAAUACGAGUGGCUCCGGGAUUUGUUGACGGGCAGUCAGCUGAUGCAAGAAGCGGAAGCCGGGGAAAUAUUUCGGAUUCCGAUGUCGCCAUGGAAGAAUGAAGAGAUUGAAAUGCGAGACGUGUAUCAUCCCAUUACUUGCGAACCAAAGCCGUUUCCUGUUGGCUUGCAAAUUCAGCUCUCUGAGCAAAUUCAUUGGAUACAUGAGGAAAACUAUUUGGUUGCUAAUAUCUCAGCCAAAGCGAACUUGACGACCACAAACAGCAUCACGUUGAAAUGGUCCAUGCCGCUUAGCGCACCCUCUCAAGGCUACCAGAUUCUGUACCAACGCCACGAUGCCGACGCCAUCACGCCUCAAACGGAUCGAAAAAUAAUCGACAUUUCCAACGCCAGCAUUACGACAUUCAAUGUGACAGGAUUACAACCAGGCUCAACGUAUUCAUUCCGAAUGAGAAGUAUUGCGGAAAAUCAAUCCAUUGUGGAAACUACCGCUUCCUUAUACUGCACACGUCCACUCACACCCAAUUCCACCGUGCAACGUCUGCCAAUCAAGCUGAUGGUGCAAAUUCAAAAGCCGCAUAACACUACAAAAUACUACCGGGUGAUACUGCGAAACUUGGAUGUAAAAGAUGAGCCGGUGCGUGAGAUUUCCAUUCGCAAUGACUCGCUGGUUGUCAACUACCCCAUUUCCCUUGAGUAUCGGGGAGCGACGUACGAAGUUCGUGUGGCAGCUGUAGCUUGUGACCUGUUCAGCGAAGAAGUUUCGCACAUUGUCCGUUCGUCGCCUCCGCCUGUGAUGUUUUUUCGACCUCCCUCUGAAGUUACGCAAACCUCCAUCAAAUUUUACUUCCAAACCGCCUGGAGAUUACAAGGUAGUUUCUUUACACGAUUUGUUUUCUCUACGGAUGGGAAUCCUCCGAAGUAUGUUUUGCGAAAUGACGAGGACAGACACCAAAUAGAGUUAACCGGUUUCACUCCUGGGACAAAGAGCGAAAUUCUCGGAUGGACAGAGCAGGGAGACGUGCAAAGUGAAAAGCGGUCUCUAAUUGUGCAGCUGAAGCCCAACAAUGUCACCGUGCUUAAUGCUACAAAGAUCUCCAGCAGUAGCAUUGAUUUCACUUGGGAAUCGCCUGUCGGGAUUGUCGGUUUUUAUGAGAUUGGUUACAACAAUACCGAGCCAAUUUAUACAAACGCUACUUCCUGGAGUUUCACAGGCUUGCGACCCUCCACGGUAUACGCAGUCUACGUGACAGCCCGUUGUGGCACCGAACGCAGUAGUGCUUUGACAAAAUUUUUUAAAACUUUGCCCUAAGUACGUAUAAUUAUACGGUUGUUUCGCUCGGUUUCGGUAUUUUCACAGCGAUUCACAAGAUAUAUUAUGGCCUGCAAAUGCGCGCAAAUGAUAUUACAUCCAAGAUGACUUAUUAAAAGCAAGUGUGGAACAGCCUUAUUUCACCUCCUCUCUACCUAAGUUUUCGAAUUGCUUCCAGGUUAAGACACAACUGUACUUUCUGAUUGCUUUAUUCGGCUAGCUGCUUCAAAAACCGCUCGGUUUACCUACAGUAUACAUUUGGAAAAGCUGGCUUAUAG